UUCUAAAUAUGCUUCAUGGAGAAGAUGUCCACAAAGGCAUGCCAAACCUCAACAGCAUCAUCGUAGAGUCGGGCUGGCUGCAGAGCUCCCUCCUGAAUUUCACAGGGAUUCCCAUUUCCAAACUAGAUUUGCUCUUCCUGUUGAAGAGAGAAGAUGUACAGAAUCAAGAGGGAGAAGCUGGGACAGGCACUGGUAUAGAAGGAAAGAUCAGACUUGAAAUGAAAGAGAUGACUGCAGAGCUAAGCCUGUCUGGGGAAGAAACUCAGAGGCAAAGAUGCAUUGGUGAUGGUGCCUGUGAUUCCACUUGGAGAGAAAACUUGGAUGUACAUCAGAAAAUCCACACUGGAGGGAAGCCUUACGAAUGUAAUCAAUGUGGUAAAACAUUUGAAAAGAGAGCUUAUCUUACUGUACAUCAGAGAAUCCACUCUGGAGAGAAACCUUAUGAAUGUAAUCAAUGUGGAAAGGCUUUUUCACAGAAGUCUGGUCUUACUUUACAUCAGAGAACCCACACUGGAGAGAAAUCUUAUGACUGUUACCAGCUUAGUAAAGUCCUCAGUCAAAAGUCAACCCUUAUUUCCCCUCAGGCACUGCCAACUCAGUAAACAACAGUCCUUGGGGGCAGCUGUGUGGACCCCAGCCAUACCUUUGAGAACGUUUGCUCUACUGAUGACCCUGGGGUGAGGCUGCUGAUUAAAGGAAGAUUGCAGGGACCCUGGACUGGCCCUGGACGUGGGGCCUCAGCACAUUGAUCAGACAUGGUCCCAGGCUGUGCCUAAUGAUGGAGGAGCACACAAGUAAGAGAAAUGGUUUUGUCUCACUUGGAAGUAAUCCAAUGCUAAGGUUUACAUAAUUGAAGCUGAAUCCCUUUCUUUUUCCCGAUGGAAUCAUGAGUAUGAUUACCACUUCAGUUUAGGAAGAUGAGAAAUAGAGACUGCUUGGUGUCUCUUGACAUGAGACUUCAGGGGCCUAGAAGGGAGCCUCUGUGAUCUUCAGUGUUAGGUCUUGUCAUUUAAAGGUGAUUAGGUACAAGAAAAAGAGAGUCACAUACUGAAGCCAGAGCGUGCAUUGACUACUAGGAAAGACAUCCGAAUGCAGAAUAGAGAUUGAGAUUGGGGCCUAGUAUCAGCCCUGGCCUAGUCUGUUAGUCAGUAAACGUUAAUGAAGCACCUACUAUGUUCUAGCCUCUGAGGACAAAGGGAAACAAAACACAGUCCCUGUUGUCAGAGCUCAGAAUCUAGUAUACAAACAUAGUGAUAGUUCAGGAAGAAGUAAAAGAUCAUGAACCUGACUGUUAAAUGAUCCAGGGAAAAGAAGGUGUUUUAUGAAUGGAAAUCCAUUUAGUUAAACAGGGAAAUAAGUGAAUAGAAGUAUGAGAACAAUUCAGUUUAAGAAGGGCAGAAUUGGGGAACAAAGAGUAAAAAUCAAAAUCAUAAGGAAAAAAUAAUAUCUAGCAGUUAAAUAGCACCUACUGUGUGCAGUGCAUUUUAUCAAUAUUAGCUCAUUUGGUUCUCAUAAGAACCAUAAGGGUUCAGUGUAAUAAUUAUUCUCAUUUUACAAGUGAAGCAACCUGCAUAAGCAGAGGUCUUAUGACUUGCCCAGGAUCACAGUACUAGCAAAUGUCUGGGAUUGGUAUGCUUCUAUCCAGUGUACCAGAAAACUCCAAAUGCUCAUAUAUGAGUGAGGUUGAAAAUGAGAGAAGUUUACAAACUUUCUUGCUGAGGGAUGAAUAUGCCUUUUUUUUUGUUUCUUUUUAGCUCCUUAGCCAAUCAGCAAAAUGAAUGGCAAUUUACCAUUUAAAAUUCUUAUUACUUUAUCCAUUGUGCCACUUAGCUGCUUAAUUGGAAUUGGUUGAUAAGAGCAGUAACCAUUGUUACAGUAGCCAUGAAUGUAGCUGAAGCAAACACUAUGGAAGCAUUUAGAGUUUGAUCAAACAUCAAAGACUCCAAGAUAAUUCACCAUAUCUACACACGUUGCCAAUCAUCUUGUCAUUUGCAACAUGAGAAAUAUGGAAACCAGUUUUAGAUGACUGCACAUGUAUAACCUAUAUCAGAUUGCUUGCCUUCUCAAGGAGCAGUGUGAGAAAGUAGGGAGGGAGAGAAUUUGAAACUCAGAAUAAGAAAAAAAAAUGCUGGGUCACCAGAGCCAAGAUGGCAGACAGAAAUCAGGGAUUUACCUCAGGUUUCCCAAAUUCUCCUCGAUAUGACUUUAAAAUAAUGUCUCUGAACAUUCUGGAACAGAAGAACUCCAAAAAGGAUGCGGUAAAGAAUUUUUCUGCCUAGAGACUUUAGAAGGCCAUCAGGAAAGGUAACUCCCACCAUGGUGAAAGUGGAGCAAAGUCUAGCACAGGCUAUACCCUAACAGAAUAAUAGCAAGGCCAUGCCUUACUCUGUCAGCAGCAAAGCCAUGUGCCCUGACCCAUCAGCAGCAGGCCCUUAAGGGAACUGAAUUGGCAGAAGCAACUUCUGAAGCUCUUAGUCCACAGACAGUAAAGGGCAGGGGGCGGUCAGACAAUUUAACAGGAGAUCAAAGGUCCUUUUUCUAGCAUUGGAUGCAGGAGUCUGUUUCAUAGCUCAUAUGUGGGUUCUAGUUCCAGGCCUGGUGGCAGUCCCAAUGUAAGAAAUACCAUUAGCUACAAGCACUAGAAAUAGUAGAAUUUGCACCCAUGAGGGAUUUGGGAUGCUGAUCACAGUUCCAAAAUGUGAAAUAAAAGGCUGGUUAUUCACUGUCCAGAGUAUAAGCCAAGAGAGUAGUGAACACACCUCUUUGUACAUCACAUCACCUUGGAAGAAGUGAAAACGUAUAGAACCACUACACCCCAUUCCAGAGCCACCUCUGAAAACACUUACAUUUCAAAACUAAACACGAGGUUUCAAGCAAUGACUCCUCUACCCCAGGAGCAGACUUCAAAUUUAGCAUAAAAGUCAGGAAAUAGGCUACAGGGACUUCCGGUUAAGAUGGCGGCUUAGAGAAAGCUAAAGUUCAGAUCUCCGGAAAACCCUUCCCGACCGAUCUCAAACUAUAAGCUCCUAAGGUGCCGAAAUUCAAAACGAUCAACAGCACAGACCCUGGGAACCCUCCUCCUGGACCUGGACCCGGUUCAAAAGGUACGGCUCCCCUCAAAAGCCAGAACCCGAGAUCACUCGGACCUCAGGGGUAGGAGUGCAGAGUCCAAGGCUCCCGGAAGCCGCAGCCCGGUGGGGCUCAGAGAGCAGGGUCCUCGGAACAACAACCCUCAGGGCCUUCUACCCGAGUCCGGGUGAAAGUUACUGCCUGGGGCUUCCGCUGCAGAGAGCUGGUCGAAACAACAGCAACCCUCAGGGCGGGCAAGACAGCCUCACGGGCUGGAUCCUGCUAUCCAAGUCUCAGUGAAAGUCUUUGCCCUCGGAGCUUGGGGAAGCUGCAGCCCAUCCCCCGCAGGCCGAAGAAACAGCCUCACGGCCAGCGAUUCUGAAGGCAACUUCCGGAAAGCGAGCCGGGGGUAGAGUGUGGCCUUGUGGUCCGACCCUUCCAUUCCAGUUCCAGUGAGGCAUAUUCAGUUUAACCCAGGGAAAGCUCAUAGAACCAACAUCUGCCCAGGACUAAAGCCUCUGAACACCAGACAGAGAUAAGAAAAGCUAAUCCUCCACAUUCAGAGAUGACAAACUCCACAGAAGCACAGAAGCCCCAAAAUACCAAGAAAAAUAAGAAGAAAGGGGCGACUUUGGACACAUUCUAUGGAGCCAAAAUACAAAAUACAGAGCAGAUAGAAGAAGAUAUACAAGAAAAUUCUCCAAAAUCUUCCAAAGGAAAUAGAAACUCUCCACAAACCCAUGAAGAAUUUGAAUCAGAAAUGACCAGAAAGAUGGAAGCCCUCUGGGAGGAAAAGUUGGAAAUAUUGCAAAAGAAAUUCACGCAUCUACAAAACCAGUUUGACCAAACUGUAAAAGAAAACCAGGCUUUAAAGCAAGAACUAAUAAAGCAAAGCCAAAACACCAAGAAA